AUGCAUGAGAAAUAUGGCCCCCUCGUACGAGUCAAUCCGGACCAUCUCUCAUUAAACGAUCCCUUCUUCUACACCGAGAUCUACUCAGGCGCUGGACGGAAAAUGAACAAGCACCCCGAGCUUUCACAAACCGUAGCUACGUCUGUGGUCUCCACCAAAGAUCACGACCUGCACCGCCAACGUCGGGGUUACAUCGCCAACAUGUUCUCCAAGAAGUCCAUCUCUGAUCUCGAAAUUGUUGUCCAGUCAAAAGUCGAUAAGUUGGUCAUGCUGAUGAAACAGGCCUACCGUACAGAAGAGACACUCAUCGGACAUCUCAUGUUUGGCAGCCUCGCGGUUGACAUCAUCUCGCACUACGCGUACGGAGAGAGUUUCGGCGACCUCGAUAAGCCUGGAUUACCAUGUGAGCUCCAGCGAGACGUCAAAGGCGUAGCGUUGACUCUAAACCUGCGCAAAUUCUUUCCGGCCAUGGAUGCGGUUCUGAUGCGUAUUCCGGCCUGGUUGAUCACCCGUAUCAACCCGUCUAUCGUCAGCUGGUUGGACUUUGAUAACCGAAUCACGAGAUACUCCAUCGAGGCGCUGAAGAAGAGCCAAGAAGGAGUGGAGCCGGCCAAGCCUAGGACGAUAUUCGAUGCGCUACUCAGCUCUAAAGUUCCUGAAGAAGAAAAGACGUUGCAGCGAUUGAAGGAUGAGGGCACGCUCAUCUUGUUUGCUGGGGUGGAUACUACAGCUCGGUUUCUGACUUGUGCAAUGUGCUACUUGCUCACGUAUCCCGGUAUAUUGGCGAAGCUGCGAGUGGAGCUGGAGUCUCAUCCUACAUCGACCUUGACUGAGCUCGAGGCUCUGCCGUAUCUGACAGCCGUCAUCAACGAGUCUCUCCGCUUCCAGUGUUGCUUCACAGGCCGCUUUCCACGCGUGGUUGUGGAGCCUAUUCCCUACAAGGACCUGCUCAUCCCAUCUGGUACCAUCAUCGGCGCAUCCCCGUAUCUACUCAACAACCACCCCGACGUAUUCCCAGAUCCUCAUAUCUUCCGACCCGAGCGAUGGAUCGAAGCCAAAGCCCGCGGAGAAUUUCUCGACAAGUAUCUCGUUACCUUCUCGAAGGGCAGCCGAGCUUGCCUUGGCAUCAACCUAGCAUACGCAGAGAUGUACCUCACCAUCGCGGCUAUGGUUCAGAACUUUGACCUGGAGCUUGUAGAUUCCUCCAUCGAGAACAUCACGCCUGAUCGAGACUUUGGUCUGGCUUUUGACAAGGACUACAACUUCGGCGUCAAUCUGAGGGUCACCAAGGUAUUGCAGGAGUGA